AUGGCCUCCUCCCAGUUCAGAAGCACACAGCACAAUUCCGAACAACUUGUCGAAAGCGCCGGCGCCAUCCUCUUUCAACUUUCCACAAAGAGGAUCUGCCUACUUCACCUGGUUGCCCGCGACGAGUACGUCCUAGCUAAAGGAAGGCGUAACAUCGGUGAAAGUCGGCAGCAAGCAGCCAUCCGCGAAGUGAAAGAAGAGACUGGCUAUGUUUGUCGCCUUCUCCCUGUGACGCUAGGAAGUCGCGCACCCCCUGCCAUAGAGACAGACCGAUUUGUUGGAGACGUCCUCCACGUUUACGAAGGGGUUACGGAGCCAUUCACUCUCCAGAUUCGCCAUUUACAACCUGAAGGAGAUUUGAAGCUGAUUUGGUGGUUCAUAGCUGUGGUCGACGAGGACAAGGCUCCAGAGGGGGAACGCGGGCCCGGCGAGGAGAAGUUCUCGGUGGAAUUCUAUGGGUUUGAUGAAGCGGUGGAGAAAUUAACAUUCAAAAUGGAUCGAGAAUUGGUGCAGCGAGCGAUCAACAUCGUCAAAGGGAGUGGAUACGGAUCUGACAAUGUCGAAAAGUCAAUGUUGACGGCGGAAUGA